AUGGCUAAAGCAUCUACUAUCUCUGGGAACGACGGACAUAAUGCCACCGGCGGGAGCAACACUGGAGGAACCUUAUUUUCCACUCCUCAGUGUCAAACAAAUCAUAUCAGAGGAAGCAAUCCCAUCGCGUUCCUUUACCUUGGAGAAAACAAAGAGCAAACACCCAACAUGAUAUUGAGAGAACAGUUCACCGCACCCCCUGCUCAACGGAGGCAAAGAGCAGAAAACACGAGGAACCCAAACCACCAAGGACCCACCAGAGGAGAAGACAAUGGGAUAAAUAAUGAUAAGCAGGACGCUCCAGAGAAGCGAGACCAUAGAAAUAAGGAUUUGGGGGAAGAGAAUCGAGGGAAUGCUGCCGAUAACGGAGAAAACCAAGACGAUGUCCAAAGCGGACUCAACUCAAAAAUAGAGGAGCGAAGAGAGAAAGUGAAGGAGGAUGCCCCCGCAAAAAGCAGGAGGCAAGAAAAAGAAACCAGAAAGGCGCAAUCCAAAAAGAAGAACCAAGAGGACAAAGGCGAAUCAUCUGAAUCACCGCAGAAAAGCAAGACCACAUACGUAGCAGAUGAAGACUUAGAGGAAAAAAUAGCUAAAGUCCUGAAGAAGCUGAAGGCUGAAGAGCUGGACAUAGACGACCGGGUACUGAAAAGCUCAUCUCUAUUAGCCGAAAUCAUGGAGGAAACUAUCCCCCACAACAUGAAGCUGCCAUUCUGCCAACAUUUAACGGAAAAGGAGACCUAA